UAGGAAGAUUGUGUUAUAAAAAGCCUUGACGACAUUCAAGUAUGUACACAAACUAAAAGCGGACGCGUAGACUCAAAUCACAAUCUCAGAGGAUCAUAAAAUGGAAAUAAUGAGAGCUGUUUUUUUGGUUUUGGUUUUUGUCCAAGUGGAUAUCACUCAUCAACAAAAUAUCCUCCCCGAGCACAGAAGACGUCACUGCCAAGCGCUGCAGACCUCGGACAUAAUGGAGCAAGCCAUGCCCGAGUUACGCCGCAUCAUUGAAGCAGAAUCCGCCAAAGUCCGGCGUAAAUACGAGGCGAUAUUAGCGACCUUAAAAGGCGGUAUUCUGUUGACAUGUGAAGCAGGCUGGGUGUACUAUGACGACAACUGUUACCUGUUUCUACGUGGAGCGAAGGGCGGAUGGCAGAACGUGAGAGAAAAGUGCCAAUCCAGGGGUGCUUACCUUGCAGAGAUCAGAAGUGCUGAGGAAAACAGCUUCGUCAAGUCGGAAGCGCGGAAAGUUCGCGAUACAGGUGUGUUGGCUGCCAUAGAAUAUUGACUUAACUUAUUAGAA